CAUGAACAAAGAUCAACUUACACCACAAGGAAACAAACUCAGAAACCACGUGACUCUACCAAACCACAUCGAUCGAACAGAAAAAAUCGCAAAGAUGGAGAACGAGAAGGGGGAAGCUAAGAAGAAAAAGAAGAUCUGCUCCAAAUCUGAAAGUCAACUCCAAAGAAAAUUUAAAGAAGGAAAAAAUGUAUUUGGAGAGUCUACUCAACUGAGCAACAUGCUGGGCACAGGAGCAGAACAAGUCAUCAAAGAAAAAGAACUAAUAGGAAAAAAUGUAUUUGGAGAGUCUACUCAACUGAGCAACAUGCAGGACAAAAAAGCUGAACAAGUCAUCAAAGAAAAAGAACUAAUAGGAACAAAAAAGUUUGGAGAGUCUUCUCAACUGAGCAACAUGCAGGACAGAGCAGCUGAACAAAUCAUCAAAGAAAAAGAACUAAUAGGUAUUUAUUUGUGUGCUAUAUGA